GGAAGAUUUCGACUCAAACCCUAGUAGAGCGAGCAAGCCUUCGCCCUCUUCGUUCGGCUACCGAGUCCAAGGUUCUCUCUUGGUUUUCUUUGUGCGACAAUGGCUACGGCAAGAACUGUGAAAGACGUCUCACCUCACGAGUUUGUGAAGGCCUACUCUGCUCACCUAAAGCGAUCUGGGAAGGUUGAACUUCCUUCAUGGACUGAUAUUGUCAAAACUGCUCAGUUUAAGGAGCUUGCUCCUUAUGACCCUGACUGGUAUUAUGUUAGAGCUGCAUCUAUGGCUAGGAAGAUAUACUUGCGAGGAGGUCUUGGUGUUGGUGCCUUUCGCAGGAUUUAUGGAGGCAGCAAGAGGAAUGGAAGCCGUCCUCCCCAUUUCUGCAAAAGCAGUGGAGCAAUAGCUCGUCACAUCCUUCAACAAUUGGAGCAAAUGAGCAUUAUUGAAAUUGAACCCAAGGGAGGAAGGAGAAUCACAUCCAGCGGAAGAAGGGAUCUUGACCAGGUUGCCGGGCGGAUUGCGGUUGCUGCUUGAAUCCAUCAUCUUACUGGCUUAUAUUGGUAUUAUGUAGUUUUUGUUUUAGUCUGUUGAAGGAGGCUGUAAGAACAGAAAUUAUGUGAGAAAUUUUUUUUACGUGCUGUUGGGUUAUUUUAAAGAUGAGUUACUUCUGGUUUUGUGCCUUUUGCAGUUGACUGUUUUUGUUGCAAUCUUGUCAGUGCUUCGAUAUCAUAAAUUCUUGUAUGAAUGGUUUCUUUUAUUCAGUAACUACGUUACUUUGUUUAAGGUCA